AUGUGUGGCCCGUUCUCCAGCUUCCAGGGGAUUAUUCGCCUGGUGGAGAUUAUAUUCAGCGCUCUGGCUCUGGCCGUCGUCCUGUUCAGAGGCACGAUGGUCGUCCCCUGGGGCAUUUGGUGCGAGUUCGUCUGGGUGUUGUGCAUCGUCGUCCCCUUGGUGCUGCUCGUGAUGGAGAGCAAAGGCUGGCACAUCCUGCUGGCGGCGUUCCUCCCCAACUGGGCCGACCUGACCCUGGGCCUGACAGCCGUGUGCUGCAUCUCCGUGAUCUCCGCCACGGUGGCCUUCGCUGCCGUUUUCGUCUGCCUCACCUGCAUUGCAGACAUCCUGUGCUUCAUCUUCUCGCUGGUCGCCACGGCGUGCUUUCUGGUCGACGUCGUCAAGCAGAGGUCGGCGUUCGGCAGCGGCUACAUGUCCAGCCUGAGAGGAAUUCUCCGCAUAUUGGAGGCAUUUGUCGCCUGCAUGAUCCUCACUGCCGCCGACGACCAUUUUGUGAGAGGGGAAUGGUUCUACAAACCUUCCGGGAUGAUACUGUGCGCCGUUAUCUUCGGAGUUUGCCUCCUGGUCACCGCGGCCAUCAUCGUCCUCAAUCUGCUGAAGCUUUUGCAGUGUCUGCUGGUGUUCAGGCUGAACCUGGUGGAGUUUGUGUUUAACAUGGUGGCGGUGGUGCUGUACCUGCUUGCUGUCAUCCUGUGGACUGUGUUUGGCUACAGUCGCUACAGGCACAACCCUUACACCUGCAUCGAAUGUUCCUACGCAGACAUGAAUGCCGUCACGGUGGGAAGCGCUUUGAACCUCGUUCUUUACAUCGUAGACCUGCUUCUAUCCAUUAAGUCACUGUAGAAAAGUUCAGAUGUGACUUUAUUAUCCCAGGCUCUGUCAUUUGGUGAAUAAAAAUGAAAACAGCUGUGA